ACUUAAUUUGAUAAUUGUAUAUUAUUUGUUUACUUAUUUUAUUUAUUCAAAAUUUUUUUGGUUACGAGUUUUAAUAUCCAACCCUUUUGUUGACUCAUCGCAUGCAAAGAUUGGCACUUAUAAUGGCAUAAUUGAUAACAAAAAUUGUGGCAAUAUUUACACAAAAUGUUUGUUUGGAUGUCUGGGAAACAGGAAAAGGGGUUCAAAAUUGGCCCAACUUAUGGGCGCCGAAAGUGUCAGUCCGGGUCAGUUCCCAUGGGUUGUGUCCUUUCAAAAUAAUCGCACAAAACAACACUUUUGCUCGGGAACGGUACUCAAUGGGAACUGGAUUAUCACUGCGGCUCAUUGUUUUCUAAAACACCGAAAAGUCGACACAUUUUAUAUAAGAACCGGUUCCGUGUUUAUUAAUAAGGGUGAUGUCGACAGGGCUCAGACCUAUUAUAUUCAUCCUAUGUAUAACUUUAGUGAUCCGACCGGUCCUAACGAUUUGGCACUGGUUUACAUUGGAAGUGAUGAACAAAAAUCUUAUAAUAAGAUUAAUAACAAUAAGAUGUUAAAGAAGAAGAGAAAUCAUUAUAAUGACAUUUGUUUGCCUGAAAAAAAUAUUGAUAAUAAGCACCGGGAGAUUGCAUAUUAUUCAGGUUUUGGUCGGAUCAACCAUAAGGGUGUUCGGGCCAGUAGUUUAAUGACAUCACAGAUGACAUUAUUGCCAGACAGACAGUGCCAGUCAUAUAUUACAAGACACGGUAUGGCGUGUCUUACCUCAAACACCAGCCAUACUUGUAAGGGGGAUUCUGGAUCACCUUUGAUUCAAUAUGUCAAUAAUAGGGCUGUGCUGAUAGGCAUACAUAAAGGGUCGACAAAAAUGUAUGGCAAAUGUGGCAAAGAGAUAUCGGUGACCACUAGAGUGUCCAAAUUUAUUGACUGGAUAGUCGAUACAAUUAAAAACCAUCAAAAUAUAAUUAAUUGA